AUGUCGAACAUCGACAAGAGCAUACCCGAAAGAUGGCGAACUAUGCUUGAAUCCAGGGCCGAUUACCGAACUGGAUCAAGAGAAAAAUUAUGUCAUAGGCCGGAUACCUUAGAGUUACGGAUUAAGCUUCGUCCUCUUACCGUCCGCUGCAUUCGAGAGCAAUUUCCAUGCCUUAAACUUAUGUUCCCAAGCAACUUUCCGGUGAAAUUUGUUGAAAAGGCCCUUUCGAUCACGAAGCUCGAAAAGAUUCUAGAGAUGCAGAGACAUCCAGAUGCUAUUAAAAUGAUGUCAUUUUUUCCUUAUGGAGAUGAUGUGAGAGCUCUAGAGAUGACCAACUGUCAUGAUACGCAUAGCUACCAAAAUAAACCUCCUGGAUAUUUAUCUUCCCGAUUAUCAAAGUAG